AAUUCAGUCAAUUUUUGGGCGAGGAAAUGUGAAUAUCGAAUUCUCGCGUGGGUCGUCUGGAUUGGCAGAUCUUUAAGAAACGUUGAGAUUUAGUUUUGAUAGUUAGGGAAUGGUGAAUUCUUCUAGAAAAUAAAUUUACAGUCAAGUGAGGAAGAAUCUAGCUUUUAUUUCCAUAAAAAUAUGAUAAGUGAAAAGUGGCAAAAGGUAUUAAAACGUUGAUUGUUAAAACUAAGUUAGUGUUUCAAAUAAUUACAAUGAUUCCUGAUAAUCGUCUUAAGCGAACUAGGCUAAGGCUUAGUAGGGGUUUGCUGUUGUUGGUGAUGUCUCUGCUGAUCGAAGAAAUCUACGGUCAAGCUUGCUAUUCCGAAACCUUCAACUUCGAAAGCAGCCCCCAUGUGAACCCGGAAAUAUCGGCUCUCGACGUUGAAAAGGCCAUCGCUACCCACCAGGUGGAAAAUGUCCGCUCAGUAACGGUUUCAGCCCUAGGAAACUUCAAACUAUUCUUAACCGCUACAAUCAUUGAUCAAUCACAACUGGUAAUAAGUACUACUGCUGCCUUUGAGAAUUACCUGCAGACUGAAACAUCGGAUACGCUGUAUUGUGUCCUAGAUUUUACUUGCACAACCGGCACUAAAAGCAUCCGAUUCCAAGCUCGUUUGAAGAGCGAAAAUAUUCAUGCACCCGAGUUUCGAUUGGCGGAGUACACGAUAAAGCUUCCGUUACCACUGCCCAAGGAUUUCAUCGUAACACAGUACAUUGAGGGGGGAUCCAUCAUAGCUAGAGAUGCUGAUAUCUCCGGAAAUGUUAUAAGCUUUUCACUGGAUGGCAACGAUUACUUCUCCGUAGCAUCUGUAUCCAGUGGAACAAAGGAGUACGAAGCAGUGCUGAAAACAACGAGAACUAUCUUGAGUUUCGAAAAUGAAGUGACGCUGCGGCUGACUGGCACGGAUAGCUUCGACCCCCCGAAGAGCGGUUCAACGGUUGUGAAGAUCUCCGGGGACCCUAUUAUCCAGUACGUCGAACCGCCCAAGUUCCAGCAAUCUCUGCAUAUGGCCUCGUUCAAACGAUCGGAACCAUUUCGGCCCAUCGAGGCAAGCCUUGAACCGAAUACGUUCGACAGCACCGUUACAUUUGUGCUGUCCGGCGAUGAUGAGGGUUGGUUUACGAUCACGAAGGAUGACGAUCGAGGCGGUGUAAGUGUAGCUUUGAAGUCGGCGCCCGAAUUACCAGCCGAGCAGUCUUUCUUUGGCGUAGUGGUGACGGCAACUCGGCAAGAAGCUGUUCUACCGGGAAGAACCGCCGUUGUGGUGGAACUCGAAACAGAGGUGCAAAUUCAUGCGAGAUUUGUAGAGGACGUUUAUUCUGGAUCUUUGGAUGUUGAUAAGAAAAUCGUACUGGAUAAAGACAUCGAAUUGGUCCAUGAAUCGGUGGGAGAAGAGUAUACCAUUGAUCUCUCUGGAGAUGAUGCGCAAUAUUUCAGCGUUGAAAAGGAUGGAUACGGUGUUAAACUGCAGGUUUCCGCAUUACUCACAGAUGAAGUGUUGAGGGAACGCGUUGUGUUUCACUUCACCAUCAUAGCUAAUAAGGAAGGAAACUCCGGAAUGACUUUCGUAGUUCUUGAAGUUAAACAAAUCGGUGGACCCAAAUUUUCCGAGCUAUACUACGAAGGGGUCAUUUCUGAAGACCUUACUACAAACAUUCCGCAAGUUGUCAUCGAAGAAGAAAGCUAUCGAGCCGGACUGAAAUUUUCAUAUUCAGGAGAUCAAAUUGAUUAUUUUGAUUUUGAGGAAAAUGGGAAUACAAUCAGUAUCACCUCAAAACCAUCACUUUUUGACAAUUUAGAUGGUUUGGCCUUUAUUUUGAUUAGAAUUGGGGGAUCUUUGGAUGAGAAGAUUGUAUCAGAGUCUUUGGUGAUUUUAAAAGUAAUCAGAAUAGACAUAAUUACCCCUCAAUUCAAUGAACCGUUCCUUCAAGGUCAAAUAACUAAAAAGACAAUGGAGCUGACUGAAUUGAAGAUCACAUUAAGCAGCGACACCUACAGCCAAGAGACGAGUUUGGUUCUGAAAGAUUCAAGCAACUUAUUUGAACUGGUUGAAUCCACAAUCCCCAACGAACGUCUUUUGAAGCUGAAAACAGGCACUACCGAAUUGCCCGAAAACCACUAUUCUCUAUUCGUGGAAGCAACCAAUCAAAAAUCCAUCACAACCUAUUGCUUCAUUUUGAUAGAUGUCCUCGAAGAUCCGGUGAUAGUUCCCAAAUUUGAAAGGCUUGUGUAUGAAGGGCUCAUAGACGAUCAAAACCGAUUGGAGGACCUAAAACUGAAACUGACCUCUGAUACCUAUGACGAUCAGAUUGAUUACGACCUUCUCAAUGACGAUUACGAACUGUUCAAAGUAGAAAAGCUUACCGAUACUAAGGAGAUCCUGAUAAGCUUAAAAGCUCCACUUUCGCCAGAAGAAAUAUCCAACCGCAACCGGUUGCGAUUCGAUGUUCAAGCGCGAUCGCCUCAAGGAGCGCUAACAAUGGUUCCGGUGAUCAUCCAGAUUCAAACGGCAAUCGCAAAGCUACCGAAAUUCGAGCAACCCCUGUACAAAACCGUAAUCGGAACAAAUUUGCAGUUGAUCCCAUUUACGGAUCCGAUACAGCUUACGGAAGAAACUAGGGCCCAGGAUCUCAGCGUUAGGAUUCUUUUAAGCAAUUCGGAUUUGUUUGAGGCCGAAAUCGAUUCGGAGUCUACGGUUGUCAGCAUUCGACUGAAGCAGGACCUAACGCUGGAGGAUACUGCAGGUGUCAGCUGGUUCGAAUUUGUACUGGAAGUCAGUAACGAAGGGGUGGGAUCGGGCUAUGCAACUAUUCUAGUUGAUAUCGAAAGGAUUCCGGUACCGGAAUUUACGGCCAGUAUCUACGAGGGGACGAUCAAAGAAGGAUCCAACGAGUUUGUGUUUCCCGAGGCGAUUGCGCUGAGAGAAGGUACCAAAUCCACCGGCAUCGUGGUGGACGUGGAUGGCGAUGAUUCUUCCUUGGUCGUGGUAAAGUUGAACGAAGAUUUCAGCGUGACUGUCACGUUGGACGAAAGCGUCACUGUCCAGGACCUGAAAAACCGAAAUCAACUUAGUUUCGUAAUCGAAGCCCAAAACCAGGCAAAGGGAAUAGGCUUUGCCUCGAUAGUAUCGAAGAUCAUUCGACCGGUAGCAGUUGCAUUUACGAAGCCUUCUUUCAGUGGUGUUCUAAAAGAGGGUUCGAGUACUGUAGAUUUCAGCGGAGAUGCUAUCGAAUUCGUCGAUGGAUCAGUUUCCGAAACUACCACAUUGACUUUACUCGGGGAUGAUUCCAGUUUUUUGGAUGUUUUGUUAAUUGAUGGAGUAAUCGAAGUAUCUCUGAAGGUACCUUGGAAUAACAUUCGCAAUAGACCCUUUUUGAACAUCAUGCUACAGGGCACAAAUCCGGAUACUGAAACAGCUUCAGCUUCUCUGCUUGUUAAUGUCGUUAAUAAUCCAGUUGUAACACCGGUAUUCACAAAAACGUUCUAUCGUGGCUUCCUGCCGAAGGGAUUACACGAAGUAAAUUUUGCUGCCGCAGAAAUCAUCACAAUCCAAGAGGACACCAUCACUACAUCGUUCAAUUAUCGAGUUGUUGAAAACGAUCACGACAUGUUCCUAGUAACAAAGGAUGGAAAUCAGUUUCACGUCACCCUCAAAUCCGACCAGAAUGUUGAAAAUCGAGAUAUCCUCAGCUUCCAAAUUGAAGCCUACAAUCUGUAUGGAGCUACCGAUUCUGCCACAGUGAUUGUCAAUAUUCAAAUGGACGAAAUCAUCGUUCCCCAGUUUCAGCAAACCAUUUACAAAGGGUCGAUUGAAGAACAAUCUUCAACGCUGGAAUCACCUGAAAUCACAUUCAAACCCGAUACUUUCACUGCAAAUACCGAAGUAGUUACGGUCGAUGGAGAUUCCGCAUGGUUCACAGCACUCUACGAAAGUUCCAAAGUAACGGUUACCCUAAACCAAGAACAACCCAUCAACUGGGAUGAACUAUCCGAUCGUCAUAACCUAAAUUUCCUGCUUCAAGCAACCAAUCCAGGUAGUCAACCUUCGAAUACCUUCAUAACCCUCGAUAUUAUUCGAACAAAACCAACCAUCCCAAAAUUCAAAAGCCCAGCAUUCAUCGGAUAUUUGGAGCAGGGAGAUCGCCAAGUCAAGUUCAACCCCAACGAACACAUUGAACUUGAAUCUGACACCGUUCUACCCGGAAGUGGAUUAGAGCUGUUGAAUGACGAUUCGGACCUUUUCUAUGGCGCGAUUAACGACAAUCGAUUGACGGUAGCGCUUAAAGAAAGUGUCACCGAAGAUGAUCUAAAUGAUAAGCGCAAUCUUCGAUUUAGUGUUGUGGUGACCAAUCAGCCAUCGGGUAGCAGUGGCUCAGCUGUCGUUAUCGUUGAGUUGCGUUUCGGUGAGACUUCAACCAUGAGAAGACCCAGCUUCGAGAAGGCAGUCUACAGUGGCAGUUUUGAUGACGAUUAUACGCUUACACUGGGCGAAGAAGUUAUGCUGAGCCAGGACGACAGCUACUCCGAAGAUAUUACUGUACGAAUUCUCGAUUCCAAUAGUAAUCUGUUCUCGUUGAAUCGGAAUGGCCGGAAAGUGGAACUGUUGUUGGCGAGAGAUGUUACGGCAGAAGACUUUCGAGAUUUGGAAUAUGUCUUCGUAGCAAUCGAAGCCACUAUUCCGGACGAGGGUUCAGGAACAUGUUUCAUGGUUAUAAUGCUUCCAGAUGAAAAAGAUGGCACCUGCACCGAACGGCCACCCAUAUUUGACUGUACCGAGUGCUUCGACUGCUCGACUGGACUGCCGCUGGACGAUGUUCCGGUAUUUUCCUACGGCAACUACCGGUUCGCCAUCAAAACGGAAACCCUGGGCAUGGUAGGGCUGGUGCGGGCCCUAGCCAAAGACCCCUCGGCGGUGAUCGAACACCGCGCCCUGAUCGAUCAUGAUUACCUAAAGGAAAGAGUUUCUUUUACAAAAGAGGGAAUUUUGCGAGUUGAUCAACAGUUAGCUUCCGAUCACUAUUCCUUCUUGGUGGAAGCGAUCAACGUAGAUUCCAAAAAACUGGCGACAGUCAGUGUGACGUUGGAUGUAACUCAGGAUCGGGAAUGUCCUGCGAACCCAGAUGAUCCCAAGGUCGUAAGCGUUGAAAAGGCUCUGGUGGUAUUGUCGCUCCAGGAGGAAUCACCGCAUCCAAACGUCUAUCCCACACAGCUUGGCCAGUGUGAAUAUGAAAUGAUCGACGAACGACCAAAUGGGGAAUCGAUGUACUUCUCCGUUGACUCAGAAACGCAUUGGUUAACUGCGAAAGCUUUCGAUCGAGAGAAUGCGGAGCUUUUCCAGGGCAUGACGAUUCCCCAAUUUCAGUUACGCUUGCAGCUUGUAUGUCCUAACGAGGAACCUCAACCGGAACCAGAGAGUAGAUUAUUCAAGCGAUCUUUGAUUGAGACCGAAGACAUUAACUACGCUCGAGACGUCACAGUGAUCAACGUCAUUGUAGAGGAUGUCAACGAUAACGAUCCCUACUUUGUGAAUCCUUCGGGGAAUGUUAACAUAGGCUAUCCGACGGCAUCGAUUGCCGCAAACCUGUUGCUGCCUGAGUUGAUCACAGUUCAAGCUGAGGAUAUUGAUGAAGGACUGAACAGUAAAAUUCGAUAUAGCGUUAAAAGCAAUGAGCAUUUCGCUGUAGAACCUAACAGUGGUCGAGUUUUCCCAUUGAAAGAUGCUUUGAAGUCUACCGAUACGAUAGACCUGAAGGUUUUAGCCACUGAUCGAGACGGAGCUGACGAUGGAAGGUCUACGGAGUUGAUUCUUAAAGUUCAUAGGCUAGAAGCCGAUAACCUGGUGAUGCUGAAGAUAGAAGGCGUUGAUAUGGCGUCCACCGUAAUAGACUCGAUCAAUAGUAACUCUGAGAAUAUAACUCUUCAAAUAUUGACAUCUGCCCGAAUUCCCGCUAACAGUGAAGGUAGAUUAGCAUCCAAACAAUCCACAUCCUCUGAUGUAGUGCAUCAGAUGAUUAUCUACGGUUUCAACAAUCGGAAUGAGUUACAGAACUCGGAACAGAUUAGAAGCAUAAUCGAUCCUUCACAGCUAAUCGUAACAGUCGUUGUUGAGUCCUACCAAAGUACCGUAGGCAAUGCCGAUUGCUCUCAGACUGGUCUGAUCGUGGCAACUUCGGUUUUGGCAGUACUGUUCGCCCUAAGCGCUGGUAUUGCUGUCUUCCUUUAUCUUCGCUAUGUGCGACCUCUGAGGAACGCCUCAGCCGAUCGUUCGGACACGGUUCAGCUUGAGAACGACUUUGAAAUAUCUCCCCCACCUUCGCCACCAACCCUUGGGACCAAGCGAGUCGAGGAGGAAUCCUCCCCGGUGAAAAACGAACGAAAAAUUUCUCUUAUGAUCGAAGGGAUCACCGAUCAAGAAUCUGAAGACACCUACCAGGUCCCGACGAUGGAUCGGUUGGCACGAUCCCUGGAUGAUCGUCUCGAACGGGUGGAUGAGUACGGCACGAUUUCCUCCCGAGAUGUCCUGUCGCUAGACAACGAUGGGUCCUACAUAUCCGAGCCGAAAAGUGUCACCUUCAACGAACUGGUCGAGCGGAUAGAAGUCGUGGGGAGUGAUUCUCGGGAAGAAUUGGAAGACGGCAAUGAAGUAUUCAAUGAGCGGUUUUAGGUGGUUUUUUUUUAUUAACUCAAUGCUGUAAAUUUAUUUAUUAAAAUCUAUGUUUCAUACAUCUGAA